GACCAUGGCCGCCAAUCCUGCCUCAUCACCGCCGCUAUCGCCCGGCCACCUCCUCCGGGUUCAUCCCUCUUGCUCCUCAUCCCUCUCAUCCGCCCGAGCCUUUUCUGCGCGCAGUUCCCAGCAAGCAGCCAGCUUUCCCACCGCCCUCGCCACGCUCCAGCACUGCUCGCAGCUCAGGACGAUGGCAAAACAAGAAUAUACGCGAACGGCGAGCGGGACUGUUCUUGCCCACCGGAAGUGAACGCCCCGUCGCUCGAUUGUGAAGCCUGCGCUCACGACUGCGGGACCCCUCCGUGCAACGUCGAGCUCGGCUCCGAGUGCACCGAACAGUGCGUCGUCGUAGCAUGCAGUGACGCGCAUCAUGCGACGAUACCGUGCGAUACGGCCGUGUUUCCUGACCAAUGUGAGCCAUGUAACAUGACCUGCGAGAGCGGCCCCGACUGCACCGCAUUGGAAGAAUUUUUUCAAUGUUGUCCAGACUACUACGGCUACAUGCCUGACCCAAAAGCGUUCGCAUCCGACAUGGCGGCCGGUCACCCCGACAUAGUCUGGGAUCCUUCCAUGGCCGCCUUCCUAUGUGGAUGCUCCGAUGCUCAGCAAAUGGCAGGCAUGCCAGGUGGCUAUGCCAACCUCAGUGCUGCAACAUCUACUGCAUCCACGCCGCAGCUAACCCCGAGUCCCGUCGCUUUCAACUCUCAGGCUGGGCAGCUACUCCAAUCGACCACGAUGCACUCUCACAUCAAUGCUCAGAUGCCCCAGAUGCCCGGCAACGUCCCUCAGUAUUACAACACCCCGCAAUCUACGCAGUCCCUACAGCCUCAAGCACUGGCGCACAAAUGCCAAUGGGGCGGGUGCUUCGCGUCGUUCGCAUCCCUCGCAGAGCUCGUCGGGCACGUCAACCUCCAGCAUCUCCGCCUCGUUUCGGCCACUCCCACAUCGAUGUCGUCUCUUCCGCCGCUGCAGAUGCAGCCUGGACACCAGGCCGUCUCUCACGGCAACGGGAUUUCCGUUGAUGGGCUCUCGUGCAUGUGGGCCGAUUGUCACUUAUACCCGUCUCCGCAGUCCAUCCCGGGCCCAUCGACCGGGAACCCAUUCGACAGCGCUCUGGGUGUCCUCGCGAGCCACCUGCUGGAGGACCACCUGGGUCUGCCUCUGCGUUCGCCGAAGGGAGAGCAGGCGCCUGGACAGAACCACAUACAAGCGCCCGUCUCGGCCGCAUCGAGUGUCUCACCCCCUGAUGGGUCCACUGGCCUGUACUCCCCGCCGACGCCGCUGCCCGAGCACGACUGCUCUGCUUCUCCUGUACAUGUUUGCCGUUGGGAGGGGUGCACGUGCACCUUCCCAUCCUGCGACGAGCUCACGUCCCAUAUAACGGCAGAACACGUCGGUGCUGGCAAGGCGCAUUAUGAGUGGUUUUCGAGCAAGCAGAAGAUAUUGCGGCACUUGCAGAGUCAUACGGGCCAUCGACCGUUCCAGUGCGAGAUCUGUGGGCAGUACUUCUCGGAGGCCGCAACCCUCGCGCAGCACAAGCGGCGGCAUACGCAAGAAAAGCCAUACGUCUGCGAUUUUCCCGGUUGCGGCAAGUCGUUCGCCAUCACGGGUGCGCUCACCAUCCACAAGCGCACGCACAACGGCCACAAGCCGUUCAAGUGCACAUAUUGCGACAGAGCGUUCGCGGAGUCAUCGAACCUCUCCAAGCACUUGCGGACACAUACAGGCGCGCGGCCGUACUCGUGUACAGAGCCCGGGUGCAACAAGUCGUUUGCACGGCCUGAUCAACUGGCGAGACACCAAAACGUGCAUAGGAAGAAGAGCGCAGAGGCGGAGGCGGUCACCUGA